UCAUUAUAUUUACAAGUUAUUGACAUUAUAUGGAUCGUUAUGAAGAGAGAAGACAUUGGCCUUCCCGGCAACUGAACAUGAAGGUAUCCGCGUGCAUCUAAACAGCGUCACAACCGGAAGUAUACUAUCUAGUCUCUCUACUAUAUAUAUCUUUUCACUCCCUGCCCAUAUACUGGAAGGUUGGGCAGUGGCAUAUGAUUCAGUUGUCAUCGACCUCGCGUUUUUACGAGGAGGAUAUAUAAUUAACAAAUCAUUGUGUACUUGAACCAAGUCUGGACCCGAACCCGAUAAAUACGGUGUCAGUGUGUAUUAUACAGGUGUGUUCUGCAGAUACCAGAGCAAUUCAUCAGCUAUCGAAGAAGACACGAGUUGAUGGAAUCCUCUUAAUAAGUAUAUUUCUAUCGACCUACUCUAAAGUAUACCUGUGAAUACGUUAGGUAACAUGUUAUUGUCAUACCUGUAAAAACAUGGAGUGUUGGACAUCAAACACCAAGAAAACAAUGGAUCUACUGUGUUUGGUGAUUGUCUUCUGUUCAUACGGAAUAGUUGCCUUGCCCCUGAAUGAUGUGAUCCGACAUUAUGAACAGGUGCAUUUUGACAGCCACGCCAUAUUAUCAGACCAUCACCGAGUAAGGAGAGGAACGGACGAUGAACUGAAGUUAACCUUCCGAGCUUUUGACAAGGACUUUCGUCUCAACCUUCGACCUAAUAAUCAUUUGUUUACAUCCGAUGUUGUGUUGGAAAGUUCUACCGGAAGUAUUGUUUACGACACAUCCGGUGCUUAUACUGGAUCAGAUGAAGACGAUAUACGUAGCAGAAUUUAUGGAGUUGUCACAUCGGCGGGUCAUUUUGAGGGUCAACUCGUCUACCCAAACGAGACAUAUAAUAUUGAAGGCUCUAGACGACACUUUCAUGGAGACACAAAUUUCAGCUCAAUUAUAUACAGGUCAUCAGACGUAUCAGUAGAUACCAAAGGCACGAAUUGCAAAUCUGACGAACUCCACCAGAAGUUGAUGAAACACCGGAAGUCUGAAGAAAUGCACGAAGAUCUUCAUAAGCCGACAGAGAAAUGGUCUGACCGGUAUCGACCGUCAAAGCGGCAGCGACGUGCUAUUGACCCAGCAAAGACAGUUUGUGAGGUGUACCUGAAGGCUGACCACACGUUCUUCAACAAAUUCGUUACUAACGACGCCGUGUUAGACCAAAUGACCAAUCAUGUUCAAGCAUCUAAUAAUAUAUUCACAAACAUAGACUUUGAUGGUGAUGGGUCAGCGGACGGCAUUACAUUCCAGAUCAAGCGAGUUACAAUAUACAAUGAUCCCACCAUAUCCGGGUAUCCUUUUCCUCUCCAGUACAGUGUGGAAAGCAUGCUGGACCUCCACUCCAGGGAAAACUACAAUGAUUAUUGUCUCGCCAUCCUCUUCACUUACAGGGACUUUAGUGGUGUCCUUGGUCUAGCCUGGACAGCUGAAUUGGGAUACGCUGGAGGAGUGUGUGAGAAGUCUGGGACAUACCAUAGUGAGACUAAAAGUCUAAACACAGCCCUGGUGACACUACUGAACUAUGGUCGCGAUGUAUCCUCGUUCGUCUCGCACGCAACCUUCGCUCACGAAGUAGGACACAACUUUGGAUCUCAGCAUGAUCCAGAAAAUCAGGGAACAUGUUCUCCGGGAAGCGGAAAUGGAGGAAACUUUAUCAUGUUUCCGAUGGCAACAUCCGGGCACGAGGCAAACAACCAGAUGUUCUCUUCCUGUAGCGUUGGUUACAUGUCUCCAAUUCUGACAGCCAAAGCACGUGACACAACAAAAGGGUGCUUCAAAGCAUCUGGAGUGCCUAUCUGUGGUAAUAACGUGGUGGAGACCGGGGAGGAGUGUGACUGUGGCUGGUCGGACGCCUGUACUGAAUUGUGCUGUAACCCACAGUCUUCUAACCCCUCAGCCACACCCUGUACCAAAGUCAACGUGUCAGCAUCGUCAUGCAGUCCAAGUGAAGGUCCCUGCUGCAGUCCUUCGUGUGUAUUGUAUACAAGCGGAGAAAACCAUGUGUGUCGAACCAACAGCUCCUGUCUAUCACAGGCUCAGUGCGAAUAUCCUUUAAUCAGUGUCCGGGAUCGGAAAUUGACUUACUCUGCGUGCGACUCCAAUCUAUGUCCCAGGCUACUUUCCUUAACUUUCGUCACCGGAACGUCGGCAAGUUGUCCAGCUUCGACUCCCGUUGCCAACGGUACCCAAUGUGCUGAAGGACAGGUCUGCUAUAUGGGGGAAUGUUCCGGCUCCGUUUGUCUCGCUCACAGUCUGGAAUCCUGCCAAUGUAGUCCAACCAAGGCCAAUGACUGGAAGGACGAAAAGCUGUGCGAGGUCUGCUGUGUGUACAACUCCGUCUGCACGCCAUCAACUAAUAUACCCAGUAUUCCCAAAACAACUGCUGUCCCUGGAAGUCCAUGUAAUGACUACAAAGGAUAUUGUGACGUAUUCAACGUGUGCCAAGAGGUUGACCCCACGGGACCCCUGCUGGCCCUGAAGAAACUUCUUCUGGAUGGAGAAGUGUUCCAGACCCUGAAAACCUUUUUAACACAACACUGGUACAUAGGGAUAUGUGCCGCCGUAGUUUUUGUCAUUAUACUGAUCCUGGUGGCGAAGUUUUGUUCUAAAAGUCACGGACCUCCAAAGAGCCCGCGUCAAAACCAGGUGGAGGAUAACAUGACAUCACGUGAUUGUAACAGAGAUAUCGACAUGUACAAUAUACGUAGACGAUAGGACGGACAUUUAUACAAUGUACCACGACGAUAGGACAGACAUUUAUACUAUAUACGUAGACGAUAGGACAGACAUUUAUACAAUAUACGUCGACGUUAGGACAGACAUUUAUACAAUAUACCACGACGAUAGGACAUACAUUUAUACAAUGAAGAACGUCGAUAAGACAGACAUUUAUACAAUAUAGCACGACGAUAGGACAUACAUUUAUACUAUAUACGACGACGAUAGGACAGACAUUUAUACAAUGAAGAACGACGAUAGGACAAAUAUUUUUACAAUAUAUCACGACGGUAGGACAGACAUUUAUACAAUAUACCACGACGAUAGGACAAACAUUUAUACAAUGAAGAACGACGAUAAGACAGACAUUUAUACAAUAUACCAUGACGAUAGGACAGAUAUUUAUACUAUAUACGACGACGAUAGGACAGACAUCUAUACAAUAUACGUCGACGAUAGGACAUACAUUUAUACUAUAUACGUAGACGAUAGGACAGACAUCUAUACAAUAUACGUAGACGAUAGGACAGACAUCUAUACAAUAUACGUAGACGAUAGGACAGACAUUUAUACAAUAUACGUCGAUGAUAGGACAGACAUUUAUACAAUAUACGUCGACGAUAGGACAGACAUUUAUACUAUAUACGUCGACGAUAGGACAGACAUUUAUACUAUAUACCACGACGAUAGGACAGACAUUUAUACAAUAUACGUAGACGAUAGGACAGAUAUUUAUACAAUAUACGUUGACGAUAUGACAGACAUUUAUACAAUAUACCACGA